AUGGAUGAGCAAAAUGACGGUGACGAACUGUGUAAUUAUAGAACAGAGUUCGAAGAAUCAUAUUUCAAAGCGGUUGCUACGGCCAAUAAAAAGAUUCAAUACGAACAAAAUAGAAUUAGGACUAGCAGUCAACAGGUAAAUAAUCUAAAGGAAGAAAGCAGUAAAAAAGAAGCUUAUAAAACCACCCCGUUUAUAAAAUUACCCGCUUUAAAUAUUCCUAUAUUUUCGGGCUCAUACACCGAAUGGGCAUCGUUUUACGACAUAUAUACUUCCUUAGUACACAAUAACGACAACCUACCGGUAAUACAAACAUUUUUCCACUUUCGAUCGUCGUUAGUGGAGGGUGCGGCCGAUUGCAUAAAAAAUAUUGAAACGACGUCAGAUAAUUACGAAAUUGCGUGGACUAAUUUGAUUACGCUUUACAAUAAUAAGAAAUUGUUGGUGCAAACUCACGUCAAAGCUAUAUGUGACCUGCCAACAAUAAAGAAUAAAUCUUCAAACGAAUUUACGGCAAUUUUCGGACGCGUUACAUAA